AUGGAGGACUAUGAUGUUUUUACUAACGAAAUUGAAUUUACGAAGCCAGUUUAUAAAAAUUUACUUAAUAAAUUUGUGAAAGAUAUACCAAACACUCCAAGCGGGCCGAAUUAUGAAAGUGGACGGAAACUAAUGGGAGUUGAAUGUUUGGCUGAUGGACAAGAAAAGGAGUGUGCAUUUUAUUUCAGUGAGUCUGCCUCGUCAACAUUAAGAACACUGGCAGUAUAUAGACAUGAACUUUUAAACCAUACAGAUGACAAGUUAAGCAAAAUAACAUCAUACAUAAAACCUGUAAAAGAAAUUGUAGAAGCUAAUCCUUUGUGAGAAGAAGAAUUAUUAGAUUUUCUAUCAGACGAUGCCGAGGAAGUGAAAGAAAUGCUAAAGAAAUAUGAAAGAGAUGAUAAUUUGCCUCUUUACAAAAAAUACAUGAUAUUUGGUCCCGAGAACAAUGUAGAAAACUUUCUUAAAAUUUUGAAUGAGCUGCCGAAAGAAUGGACAAUAAUACAGUUGACUGCACCGUACAAUCCCAAUGAGAAUUUAAAACCGUUUGAGGAAUACAGAACAGAGAUGAAAUCGAUUUUUAUUAGUUUACUCACAAAUGACUACUUGGAUCCAGAUAUGGGUCCUAUAACUGUUGACAUACCUGCUAAUGUGACUAAAGGCGAAGAGAAACCUCUUUUUAAAGAAUUAUUCUCAAUACUGGACGAAAACUAUAAAACGAUAAAUAAUGCGCAGUUUUUGAACAGUAAACGAUUGGUGCAAAACUAUUGGAGUAAACGUGAAGAUAUUGACUUGAGGAUGAAGAGUGUAAUCAACGUAAUGUAUAAAGAAUGGUUGGGAGGCUGGUCUAGCAUGCUCACGGGGAAACUUACAGAUUCUGCUAUCAGGGACAGAGUCGUUAAACUAGUGGACACGGCGAUUGACGACUGGGGGUUUGUAUUUUUUGUCUUUUAAUACUUCGCUGUAUCGGUUUAUUUCUUCAAACUGACGAAAAAACAAAGAAUUCUUUUGUAUAAUCUGCUCGAAAGUAGUCCAGUGUUGUCGUCACAUCAAACUAAAUCGUGUCUAAGAAGAAUUUUAACAGAAUAUGGCAACACUAGCGAUGUGAAACAAGUUUUAAAUACUAACGAUUGUGAUAAUUGUAAUAGUGAAUUUCAAUUUUUAAAUGAAUUGUGUUUGAAAUGUUUGUCCAAGUGUUUUGAGAAGAUUCAUAAUUUUACACUUGUGGAUGGGAUAAAGGCAUUUUCUCAAGUUGCUGCUAAAAUACGGGAUGGCGAUGAAUGGGAAGAUUUAAGGAAGGCUAAACGAUAUCCUGUUAUAUUAAUUGUAGAUGAGAUGUUGGAUACUUUUCCGUGGGAGACCUUGCCAAUAAUAAACCAGCAUCCCGUCUCGCGUAUAGAAAACAUACACUUUUUGUAUACACUGUACAAGAUUCAUGAACAACGCAUUGUCAAUGGGUAUUUCAAUGCUAAGGCAGAAGUUGGCAGAUAUCUUAUAAAUCCUGAGAAGAAUCUAGAAAGGAUGGAGCUUCGUAUGAGUUCAUUUGUGAAGUACUGGUGUCCAUCUUGGACCGGCCGCAUUGGUGAAACGCCACCACCGGACGAGUUCCUCACUUAUUUGACACAGUCAGAUGCUUUUCUAUACUGCGGCCACGGCGACGGCUGCCACUUCGCUAGGGGCGCGGGCUCGGGCGUGGAGGGCGUGACGUCCCACGCGGUGAGCCUGCUGGCCGGCUGCGGCUCCGUGCGCCUGCUGCAGCCGCCCGGCCGCGGCCCGCGCGCCGCCGCGCACCACCACCUGCACGUCGCCGGCUGUCCUAUGGUAAUGGGCAUGCUGUGGGAGGUAACCGACCUAGAAGUCGACAAAGCAGUGAGCGCGCUACUUGCGCUUUAUAUACCAUCCAAUGCGCCACUACAUUGGCGGAGAGUGGGCAAAGCAAAUUGGAGCCGAGGAGUAUUAGAUUUCAAUGUAGAACAAAAGGACCCUGUGCCGCCGGAAAGGGAUUUUCUUUUAGCUAUGUGUCGAGCUCGCGGCGCCACCAGCUUUGUGAUGAUUGCCAGUAGCUUAGUGGCCAGAGGGUUGCCGGUUAAGAUCAUAGAGGAAUAGGUAUUACUUUUCAUCCGUGACCAAAUGUAUAUUAUAUUUAUAAUAAGAUUUUUACUGUAACAAAUAAUGAUUAACCAAUGUAAAUAAAACUAAAUUUAUCAAA